UCCCUUAAAUCUAUAAAAUCCGACCUGUCCAAGGCUUGAAUCAAGAUCUCAGGGGGGUGCCUUAUUCCACCCCUUCCCGGAGCGCCAGAAAGGGCUUCCGCCCAGUUUUUCCCUCCCUGUUGGACAACCUGUGACCAUUAACUGCCUCAGUCCCCACCUCCAGCCGGGGGCGCCGGGUCACAAGCCAAGGAAGGAGGUUUAUCCCGAGCCGGGUGCGCCCCACCGGAUCUCUGCAGCCCAAGGCCAUGGCCACAGCCUUCGCACUCUUUGCGGGGGUCCUGCUCCCCUGCUGGGGGGACUUCCCUCAGUUUAAAGGGGGGCUGCUGAAGACGAACGGGGCUCGGUGCUCCCACCAUUCUGACUGCUACAGUGGCUGCUGCCUCAUGAACUUGGACUACGGUGGCUCCUUCUGUGCCCCCAAAGCCAAAAGGGCCAUGGUGUGCUUGCCUCAGACCAAGGGAGCCACCAACAUCAUAUGUCCCUGCCAGCUGGGCUUGGCUUGCGUAUCCAAGGACCUGAACUGUCCCCGCCGGUGCCAUUUGAUUUAGAGGAGGAUGCAGGCUCUUAGCCGCCAUCCUCCCUCCUUCUCCUGGGACCGGGGGCCUUGGGAGUCCCCACCUUGUUCAAAAUCCAGCUCCUGAAACAUUAAAGUCACUCUCUGGC